AUGAUUAUUACUGAUUUAUUUUUUGACAUCUUGACCUUUUAUUUAUUUAUUUUUUUAAAAAAAAAAUCGGUAUUACUUACCGUCUUCAGAAAUCCUCCAGAACUUAAACAAUGGUGCCUUGAUGACUUUGAGAUUGGUAAAGCAUUAGGAAAAGGCAAAUUUGGACAUGUCUUUUUGGCUAGAGAAAAACGAAGUGGAUACAUUGUUGCUCUCAAAGUCUUGUACAAAAAAGAAUUGGCGAAAAAUGGAGUUGAAAAACAGUUACAGCGAGAGGUUGAAAUUCAGAGUACACUGAGGCACCCUAAUAUAUUACGUCUUUAUGGUUACUUUCAUGAUGAAACCCGAGCAUUUUUAAUUCUUGAGCUGGCGGCAAAGGGUGAAUUAUACAAAGAACUCCAACGUCAGACAAUGUUCCCCGAAGCUGUUGCAUCAAAGUACAUAUCUCAAAUGGCCAACGCUUUAAUAUACUUGCACAGCAAGCGAAUUAUACACAGGGAUAUAAAACCUGAAAACCUAAUGCUCGGUAUCAAGGGUGAAUUAAAGAUGGGUGAUUUUGGGUGGUCUGUAAAAACUGGAGUAACCGAAUCGCGUCGAAGUACAUUAUGCGGUACAUUAGACUAUCUUCCACCAGAAAUGGUAGAAGGUCGUAGCCAUAAUGAGAAUGUUGAUCUCUGGUCGCUUGGGAUCUUGCUAUAUGAAAUGAUCUGCGGGAAACCACCUUUUGAAGACGAGCAGAGCCACGAUGUGACCUACCGGCGGAUUGUAAAGGUAGAUAUACAGAUGCCAGCCUUUGUUAGCAAAGAUGCCGCCGAUUUGAUCAAAAGGUUGCUACAGUACAAGCCUUCAGAUCGACUACCACUUAGGCAAAUACCUAACCAUCCAUUUAUCACCAAAUAUGCACGGCCAACCAAGCCAAAAGAACAGUAUCACAGCUGA